AUGGCGACUCUCGCGACCGCUUCUCGCCUGUGCCUGCGCUCGGCAGCCAAGCCGGCCGUGCCCGCCGUGCGCGCCCUCAGCACCACCGCCAUGCGCCCCGACAGCGCGACGGCCUCGGGAUACUCGAGCCCCUUCAAGGGCGAGUCCAAGGGCUCCCAGAUCCCCAACUUCGGCGCCUACGUCUCCAAGAACGGCGAGAACAAGAACAAGCUGUACUCGUACUUUAUGGUUGGAGCCCUCGGUGCCGUCAGUGCCGCUGGUGCCAAGAGCACUGUGCAAGAGUUCUUGGUCAACAUGUCGGCCUCUGCCGAUGUUCUGGCCAUGGCCAAGGUUGAGGUGGAUCUCACCUCCAUUCCCGAGGGCAAGAACGUCGUCAUCAAGUGGCGAGGAAAGCCCGUCUUUAUCCGACACCGAACCCAGGAGGAGAUCGACUCCGCGAACAAGGUCAACAUCAGCACUCUACGAGACCAGGAACAGGAUGCCGACCGUGUCAAGAAGCCCGAGUGGCUUGUCAUGCUGGGUGUCUGCACCCAUCUGGGUUGUGUCCCCAUUGGUGAGGCCGGUGACUUCGGUGGCUGGUUCUGCCCCUGCCACGGUUCUCACUACGACAUCUCCGGCCGUAUAAGAAAGGGACCCGCCCCUCUCAACCUCGAGAUCCCCGAGUACGAGUUCCCCGAGGAGGGCAAGCUGGUCGUCGGUUAA